AUAUAUAUAAGUGUCGAUCAUUUUAUCUAUCAGAGAAGAAUUCUAAACAAAAAAGAAAUAAAAUAAUAUAUUAUGUGCUAUUUGAUACGUUACCUCGUAUAGGCUAUGCAAUCUGUCAAAUCGUUUCCUUUAUUAAAAUAUAAAUGAGAUUUUAUAAUUAUAUGUAUAUAGAUAUACAGUGAUCAUUUCUAUAGAAGAAAAUAAUUUGAAGUGUAUAAUGUUUCAUAUACGUCAACACACUCUCCGGAAUUCUACUAAAUCCUACCAAUACUUAUUACGAAGUUGGAUACACGAUAAUAUUGAACAUCCUUCAGCUGGUCUUAUUAUUAUUGGAAAUGAAAUACUGAAGGCGCGUGUAAAGGAUACAAAUUCUCAUUAUGCUUGUGAUUUAUUAUACAAAUGUGGUGUUAAAGUACAAAAAAUAUCAGUUAUAAGCGACGAUGUAGAAGAAAUAAAAAAAGAAAUAAAAAAGUUCUCUAAAAACUAUACUCAUGUUAUUACAUCAGGUGGUAUAGGACCAACACACGAUGAUGUUACAUACGAAGGUCUCGCAAAAGCUUUCGAUGAUUCGUUGCAUUAUCAUUCAAGACUUGUAGAGAUUAUAAAAGAUAAAUUUGAUGUAAAAAAUCCAACAUCUCCUAAUUAUAAAAUGGCUUAUAUACCAACAAAAGCUUCUUUAAUAUUUGGAAAAGAAGACAAUUUAAGAUAUCCGUGUAUAACAUUAGAGAACGUAUAUAUAUUUCCUGGGUCGCCAAUAUUCUUUGAAAAAUCUUUUGGAAUUUUAUGCAAGCAAUUAUUUUUAACAAAUAAGUCUUUUGCAAAGGAUGAAAUAUAUUUAAACGCGAAAGAGGAAUUAUUUGCAAAUACCUUAACAAUCCUUUCAAACAAAUUUCCAAAUGUUUCAUUUGGUUCUUAUCCUGUAAGCAACAAUAGCUACUACAAAGCAUUCAUUACCAUAGAAAGUGACAACAUUGAAGAAACGGAAAAAGCAAAACAACAACUUUGCAAUCUUAUAGGAUCAGAUUUGUUGGUGAAAAACGAUAAUAAUCCACAUAUUGAUAGUCUUACAAAAUAUAAAAACUUUCUUCAGAAAUGUGAAGAAUCUUAUAUAUAUGAAGAGACUUUGGAAUGUUUGAUGAAAUUUUAUCAUCAUCAACCUGAGAAAAUAGUAAUUUACUUUGAUGGUAGCAUAGAAUCACAGAUAGUCAUAUAUUUUGCUUAUUUGGCUAACACAAUAUUAGGUGUAGACAAUAAAUUACAAAUUAUUUGUGCAAAAUUGUCUCCACAAAAUGACAAACAAUUAAUCGAAGAUAUCGUAAAAAGAUAUAAUCUAAAUAUCUACAUGUUAGAAAGCGAUCUUUCCAAUGAUAUAAAGAAAUUAAGUACAGUAAAACCGCAAUUAGAAAUCUUAUUAGUCGGAACGGAGGAAAAGAAAUUGUGUGAAACAUUGGGAUAUCAUUCGAAAAAUGACGAAGCUAUUGGGCAAUUAAAAAUAAGCAAUCCUCUACAUAGAUGGACGCAGGAAGAUACACGGGUUUUCGCUAGAUUUCUAUUAUUGCCCUUUACAUGAUUUCACGAACUCUUCAAGAUGAAACGCAUGUUUUACUGAAUCCCCUUACAGACAUUUUCGCAGCCUUGUACAUAUUGAUAGGCACAGAGGAUGAAAAUACUUUGUUUCAGUGAAAGUACUGAUAACGGCACAGGUACGGUAAUAAAUAAUAACGAUAUCUUGUAACGAUCUCGUCUUCUUUUUUUUUUUUUUUUUUUUUUUUUAUUAUUUUUUACUCUCAAUUAUUCUAUCGAGGAAUUAGCUACGUUAGAGAAGAGUACGAGUUUACGACGUUAAUAGAUAUUUUGAUAUAAUCUGCUUCGCAUUCCCGAGAGGAGGGAGGAACAGUCAUCUCAUCGUUGCGAAUCACGCGCGACCUCGAUUUGAAAAAUCCCAAAAUGCUUCCGGCAGGUUGACGGAAGUCGUUUAAUAUUCGUAAGGGCAUGCACAGCAAGAAACACAAAAGCUUCCUACCAUUGUCUACGUGCGCUUUCAAUAUGUCUGCUCAGCCAUCCGAGCAGCGGAACUCGAAUGUACAUUGAAGAGGUAUGAGGUUCGGGGGUGGGUAUGGGUGCUGGUGAGGGUAAGAGCGAGGGUGUGGGAGAUGAAGAGAAAGAGAAAGAGAAAGAGAAGGAUGAGGAGUAGGAGGAGGAGAAAGAGGAGGUGGAGGAGGGGGGUCGCGAGAUUCCAGGGACUGAAGUUAGGAGAGAGGGAAGUCUGAGUAUAAGCUCGUAUUACACAUUUUUCAAGUGAGGGAAAAGGCUGGUAGGGAGGGGAGAGGAGGAGGAAUCUCUCCGUUUCCACCUCCUUCCACCCUUUCGAAAUUUCAUUUCCAGUUAAAGUAUUUCUAGCUUUUUUCCUUUGAAACUUUAAAAUGAGACCGGGGAGGAGAGCCCCGCUCUGUCCUCCCAACCACCCUUCCCCUUCCCCUUUUUUCUCUCUACGUCUUCACCGAGUCGCUCUAGUCGCGAUAUUCCGCGGAAGAGAGGUACUAUUUUUCAUAUCCUUACUUCUUCGUUUUUCUUACAUACAUACAUAGAUCGUUCCUUGCGGGAAAUCAUUUUGAGACUUCAAACGCGCCUCGUUCGCGCUCUCAUUGUUAAGACAAACACGGACACUUUUCGAUUAACGUUUUAUAUACUUUUUAAUUUUAAGAGAAUUCACGGAUUGCAUUUGUACAACUCUGCGAAAUGUAACCAACGUCGUAAUUUUCUUUUUCACUAUUUCUUCCUUUUUCUCUUUUCUUUUCCUCUCCAAUGAAAAUAUAACAUUCAAAAAAAUCGUCAUAUCGCUCGAGUACAAAUAGGUCGAAUCAAAUAUGUCUAUUAACGCUGCUCUGAUCUCAUAUAUAUAUAUAUAUAUAUAUAUAUAUAUGCGUAUCUGUUAUCAUUGUAAACACUUUGAAUUUCAACCUUCCUCGUAUGUUUGCUAUGUCAUAUCUGUGCCAACGUCAAAAUUAUUUUCAGCUGUGAUACGACAUAUGUACCUAUGUAUGUACGUAUGCUUAUUAUAGGGACUCGAUUAAUAAUAGAAAACACAAAUGAAGAACGAAA